UUCGACUGGGCGCACAAUGCCUACAUAGCCCUGAACGACCCGCAUCCCUCAUCUGGAAAAUGGCCAGUUUUUCACAGUAAUCCCAAUCAGUCUUCACUCCCUCCUUCUGCAUUCACCAUUCCGCCGUCUCUGCUCUCUGAAGCUUCCAUCGAGCGCUAUGGACUAGUCACCCCGCCUGAAGAGCUUUCGCCGGUUGAGUCCCGACCCGAUUCAAUUAUUCAAGAAUCUUCCAUUCCAGUCGAGCAGCGGCAGCGGAUACAGGCUCUCGCUGAUUAUCAACCCCCAUCACGGCAACAGGAGCCUCUGCCGUGUGGGCAGACACAUGAGGUACAAGGAGUCGAUCAGUCCCCGAGACGGCGCCGGGCAACGAACCCCAACAACCCACAACAGCCCAAGCGGAAGCGGGGUCGACCGAAAUCGCAACCGCAGACGAUCGAGGCCUUCAGCCACGACGAUUUUCCUUUCCAAGUCGCCUCUGCCCGCCAAACCCAUCUUGAGAAGAAUCGCGUCGCAGCACAUAAGUGUCGGCAACGCAAGAAAGAAUACAUCAAUUCGCUUGAGGCUCGCGCUCGUGAAUAUUCAACAAGAAACAAAGCCUUGAAAGAGAACGUAGGACUGCUGCGAGAGGAGGUGCUGCAGCUCAAGAACGAAGUAUUGCGACAUGCGGGGUGCGGCUUCUGGGCUGUGGACCAAUAUUUGCAACGCUGUGCCGGCGAUCUGUUGGGAGUUGAUGGCGAAAAUAUGAUGGGAUCCCGGAAACACAACCAGGCGGACAGCCCGACCCUCAGUACAUUUUGUAAGACCGAAGAUGAGUUUGAUCACGGUUUCGAAACGUCGCCCAGUCAAACAACCGCAGACUCAAACCAGGACCUUGGAGGGCUAGAGCUGCUAGAUGGCUUCGAUGAAGAC